AUGACGUUCUCACACAGUCCACCCAAGAUAAUUCCCACCUGGAUUCUAAUAUCGACCUUGCUAGUCCUCUGGGAUUGUGGCUACAUCUUCCUUCGCCCCCGCUCAAUGCCUGGUGGUGAUCUUCACAAAUUCUGGAAGCAUUACGGUCUUUAUGGCACAGUUGACCAUGUCUAUGGGUUCCCAGCAUUUGAAAGUAAUGAUGGUUUCCCAGGCGCGCAGUCAUUCAUGAACUUGAUUGAGAGUGCGUUGAAUUUUACGUACUUGGCGCUCUGGGCGCGUGGUAACUCGACGGCGGUUUUGGUUGGGCUGGUGAGUGCGACAAUGACAUUGAGUAAAACGAUACUAUACUUGUGCGUCGAAUACUUUUCGGGGUGGAGACAUAUCGGACAUAACGAUUUUGCGACACUGGUUCUGUUGUACAUCACCCCUAACGGAUUCUGGGUGCUUCUUCCUUCAUACUGCAUAUGGUGGUUCGCAGGUGAGAUUCACGAUAGACUGAAAGGAAAGGAGGCUGGUGCAAAAUCUCUGAGGGCGACUGCAAAUGCGAAGAAGUCUUUAUAA